GCAUCUGAUUCUAAAAUACCAAUCGCGUCCUUACUGCAGAUGCUUUGACGUUUACAGAAAAAUGGCGACGAGACCUUUAAAUCAACGCUUUUGAUUGGUUGUAUAAUAAGGGAAACGCUUAGAAACUUUCAUGGUUGACUCUCACUUAAAACAUUAAUGUGAACAUUUUAUUGUAGGCAACGGUGAAGCUGAAUUGCACGAAACUCAAUUUUUUUCAAAAUAAACAUAGAGGAGGUAAACAAGCAGAAUACAACAUAGUUGAAAGACCAGUUUUAUUAUAAAUCUUCUGAAAUAGUUAAGUCAUUGGCUAAAGUUCUAGUGCCAUAUAAUUUAGAGCAUAAUGAUGAAUAUCGCUUCGUUUGCCCGCUUGAAUAAUCUCAAUUCAAAGCAGCGAAAAGACUGUAUUUUGAUCAACGAAGUAAAGAGGUAUUCUUUUUUGUAUGAUAGAAAUGAAAUGAAUCAUAAACGGUCCAAGUAUCGUCAGGCUGCUUGGGAGGAAAUUGGUCGAAAACUGGGCAUGGAAGGUAUUGAUUGUAUGAAUCGCUGGAAGGUGAUAAGAGAUAGAUACAGGAAGGAAAAAAGGGAUAAAAUUCGAGGUCCUAAGUCAGCCCGCAUUAAAAGAUGGCUGUACUAUGACUUGUGUACAUUUUUAGACCCACACCUAGAAGAUGUUAAGCCAUUUGCUCAAGAACUGGAUGAAGUUAUGAAUGAAGAGAGCAUUUCCGCUGAAGAAGAAUCAUCUCAAGAUUAUCAACAUAUGAAAGAAGAAAGAGACUCAUCAGCGGAAGAACUACAAACAUCUUUUAAAGUUUCGUCGCCAUCUUCUACUAAUAUUUCAUCAGCAACAGAUUCCGCAGCAACUUUUAGUGUUGCAGGAUUGCAUGGUUCAAGCUCAUCAUCCACUGCUUUGAUGCCGCCAAGUACUUUCAUUAGGAUAGUUAUGCCUACAGACCAGCCACAAGCAACUAUUACUAAGCCUUCUGGUCCAAAAUCUCGUACACACACACCAGCAAAGAGUUCUCCUCGAAAAUAUGUUAAGAUCUUGCCUAAAACAGACCAGCCAUCUCCUCGAAAAUCUUCUAGAAAUGGAAGAGUACUUGAUGAUGACGAUAGCAUAGAUUUAUCCUUGUAUAAAGAUAAAAAAGAGCUGGAUACUAUUGAUCACUUGAUGAAUUUUAUGGGCAACACUCUAAAGCAGCUGCCAUUUAGAAGACAAAACAAAAUUUGCCAAGAGUUAACUGCUGUAUUUUUCAACAUAAUAACAAAUGAAGAGGAGGAAGAAGAUGACUCAUGACAUGUUUGAAGGACAUUUUUGCUUGAUAUGUUGAUAUGGGAUAGUAACUGAUUCACCUUGAUUUUAAAGGUGCAAAAAAAAAAAAGUCAGUCAAUUCGAAAGCAAUUUUUUUAUAUAUGUAUCUUUAUCUCUUUUGUAAAAGUUAGUCGUACAACAGUACUACUUAUAAAAAAAAAAAACUUGCUUAUUUAAAAUGCCAUGUAUUUUUAAUCGGAAGUUUAUUGUGUAGAUACUUUAUUGAUUCUCAAAAAGUUUGCUGGAAAAGGGUAAAAAAUAUUGAGUAAAUUUUUUUGUCACUCCUAUGAAAAAGCAAUGUUUAUUAUUCUUUGACGGUAACAGAUUUAUUCGAAUCUAAGCUGCCAUCGAUUCAAAGUUGUGCCCCAAGUUCUCUACAUAUUGUGAAAAAAUGAAAAUCAGUGUAAAAAGGAUAUCCCGUUUCGGCAAAACCGUAAUAAAAUAUGAGAGUUCUUUUUGUCUCUACUGUUCUUUCAGAGGAAUAGAAAGAAGAUUAAUUGCUGUUGCAUCCUUAUCCCCUUCACGAGAUGUCAGAAAGAAGAAAAUUAAGUGCUCGGACUUCUCAAAAUAACAGACGUGAGAUCCCAUAAUUUACAGUAAUUGUGGGGAAAAGUUGGAAAAAAAGCAAAUAAUAUAAAAUUAACUAUUUAAUAAAAAAAAAUUAUAUAAUAAUUAUUGUGAACAGAAUCAGAUAUUAUGUAUCAAAAGUUGAGAAUUGCUUGCAUGCAUUGCAGGAGAAAGAAUCGUAGUAUAAUAGUAAUUAGUAGUAUUAUAGAAUUUCUCUUCCUGGCUCUCUUACCCCAUUGAUCAAUGAUAAAAUUUUUGUUGUCAGUGACUAUUCCUCCGCUCAUGAAGCUGCUGUUGGUCUAACCGAGAGUAUCAUGCUCCGAAAACUCAAUUUCAACCACCCAGCGUAUUUUUCUCCCUUCGAUUGUAAGCCGAACCGGAUUCUCAAUAGCUUAGCAUAGGAUGAAAAGUGCAGCUAAGAUUCAAAUAAAUGCAGUAUUUCUGGAAAAAAGUACACAGCUUCUAGAAAGGGUCUGUUCACUGUUGGUUAUUUAAUACACAAUUUGUCAUAUAAUAGAAAAAUAUUUGUUGCAUACAUUAUUAAAUAUUUGUCUAUAAAUAUUUUUUUUUUGUAACCCGCUAAUCUCACCAAACCUUUUAUAGACUGGAUAACACAUACAAAAUUACACAGGAAGUUUUUGCAACAGUAUUAUUCAUUUAAAUGUUCUUUAAGGUCAUUAAAAUAACCUAUCUUUUUUUCUUUUACACAUUAAAGUUCUUUAUUAUUGUCUUCUUAGAUCAUGCCAUAUUUUUUAUGUGAAUUUUUGUACACACAUUAAACAACAUUUUAAACUUUUUCUUCAUUUGUUCGUAAUUACAAAGCUAUUGUUUUUUUACCUUCAAGAUAUUAGAAUUUUGAAGUGAGAGAUGUUAAAUGAAGAAGAAGAAAAAAAGUACUUCGAUAAAGUUUAGGACAAUUUUUUAGCAAGCAAAUAUUUUUUUUCAUUUUAUUAUUUUUUGUUGUGUGCGUGAAAUUCGGAGAAAUACAUGGUAACACUAUUUUAUAAUAUGCUUUACAUGUAAAUAAGUAAUAUAUGCAUUGAUUUUUUAAAUGAUCUUUUGGAAAGAUUUAAAAAAAUGUGUGUUUCACUUGAUUGAUUUUACUUCUAUUUGUUGAGUAUUUUCUAUGAAAAAAAGAACUUCCUACUAUCAGCAGCAUCUUAAGGCAAUUAUUUCAAAAAUCCUUAGCUUAUACAUGUCAGUAUUUGAUAAGCAGCACUUAUUAUGCAUCUUAUUACUUUUUGCAAGUCUUACUAAUUAUCCUAUAAUUUCUGUUUGUAUUUGCUAUAAGUUGUAAUAUACAGUGCUCAAAAUAAAAAACAGACUGCAUUGGA